AUGCGCGGCGGGGGGUGUGCGGGUGGGGUCACGUGGCGGCAUCCGGACACCUGGGUCACCCCACACGUGUCGGAGCCACAGCAGGACCCUGCGGGGGGGGCACCCACCCCCGGCGUCACCCCGCCAUGUCCCCGGAGCACCCCUCCCCCGCCGCCCUCCCCUCCCCCGCUGCCCCCCGACUGCCUCCCGCAGGAGGGGGACGCGGGGGACCCCGGGGACGGCGGCGCCGAAGCCCCCGGAGAUGCCACCACCGUGGUGGGACGCGUCACCGCGUCCCAAGGAGGGGACGACGUCAUGGUGGGCACCCACGGGGACGUCGCCAUGGGGGGGACGGAGGGACCCGGCGUCACCGAAGCCCCCGGGGACGCUUUGGGCCACGCCACCGAAGCCCCCAGAGAUGCCACCACCGUGGUAGGACACGUCACCGCGUCCCAAGGAGGUGACAAGGUCAUGGUGGCCACCCAUGGGGACGUCGCCAUGGAGGGGACGGACCAACCCGGCGUCACCGAAGCCCCCGGGGACGCUUUGGGCCACGGCACCGAAGCCCCCGGAGAUGCCACCACCGUGGCGGGAGGCAACGCCACGUCGCAGGGAGGGGACGACCUCGUGGCGGCCGCCCGUGGUGACGUCGUCGCGGAGGGACCGUGCGUCACCGAUGACCCCGUGGGCGCCGUGAGCCACGUCACCGUGGGCUACGCAGGUGACACGGCCAUGGCCGGAUGUGCCACCGCAGCCCAGGGAGGUGGCCGGGAUGUGGUGGCCCGCGAGGGUGGGGUCCCGAUGGGGGGGACAACCCAAGCCGACGUCACCGACCAGCCCGGGGACAACCCGGGCCACGUCACCGCGGGCUACGCAGGGGACGUGACCACGGUGGGACGUGUCACCGCGACCCAAGGAAGUGACGAAGCUGCGGUGGCCCACGGUGGGGACGUCCUCGUGGAGGGGACGGACCAACCCGGCGUCACCGAAGACCCCGGGGACACUUUGGGCCACGCCACCGAAGCCCCCAGAGAUGCCACCACCGUGGUGGGACCAAUCGCCACGUCCCAAGGAGGGGACAAGGUCAUGGUGGGCACCCAUGGGGACGUCGCCAUGGGGGGGACGGAUCAAUCUGGUGUCACCAGCGCCCCUGGGGACACUUUGGGCCACGUCACCGAGGUCUACAGAGAUGCCACCACCACGGUGGGACCUGUCACCACGUCCCAAGGAGGGGACAACGUCAUGGUGGGCACCCAUGGGGACGUCACCAUGGAGGGGACAGACCAACCCAGUGUCACAGAAGACCCCGGGGACACUUUGAGCCACGUCACUGAUGUCUACAGAGAUGCCACCACCAUGGUGGGACACGUCACCACGUCCCAAGGAGGGGACGACGUCAUGGUGGGCACCCGUGGGGACGUCCUCGUGGAGGGGACCGAGGGUCCCGGUGUCACCAACUGCUCUGGGGACGUCACCACAGCCUACAGAGGGGACACGACCACGGUGGGACCCGUCACCGUGUCCCAGGGAUGUGACACGGCUGCGGUGGCCCACAGUGGGGACGUCCUCGUGGAGGGGACAGAAGGACCCGGUGUCACCAGAGACCCCGGGGACACUUUGGGCCACGCCACUGAGGUCUACAGAGAUGCCACCACCGUGGCGGGACCUGUCACCAUGUCUCAAGGUGGGGACAAUGUCAUGGUGGGCACCCACGGGGACGUCGCCAUGGAGGGGACGGAUCAACCUGGUGUCACUGAAGACCCCGGGGACACUUUGAGCCACGUCACUGAUGUCUACAGAGAUGCCACCACCAUGGUGGGACACGUCACCACGUCCCAAGGAGGGGACAAGGUCAUGGUGGGCACCCGUGGGGACGUCCUCGUGGAGGGGACUGAGCGUCCCGGUGUCCCCAACUGCUCUGGGGACACAUUGGGCCACGUCACCGAGGUCUACAGAGAUCCCACCACCACGGUGGGACCCGUCACCAUGUCCCAAGGAGGGGACAGCGUCAUGGUGGGCAGCCACAGGGACGUCACCAUGGAGGGGACGGAGGAACCCGGCGUCACAGAAGACCCCGGAGCCACAUUGGGCGAUGUCACCAUGGUCUAUAGAGGGGACACGACCACAGUGGGAGAUGUCACCGUGUCCCAAGGAGGGGACAAUGUCAUGGUGGGCACCCAGGGGGACGUACUCAUGGGGGGGACGGAUCAACCUGGUGUCACCAGCACCCCUGGGGACACUUUGGGCCACAUCACCGAAGUCUACAGAGAUGCCACCACCGUGGUGGGACCUGUCACCGUGUCCCAAGGAGGGGACAACGUCAUGGUGGGCAGCCACAGGGACGUCACCAUGGAGGGGACGGAGGAACCCGGUGUCACCGAAGACCCCGGAGCCACAUUGGGCGAUGUCACCAUGGUCUAUAGAGGGGACGAUGUCAUGGUGGGACCCGUCACCGUGUCCCAAGAAGGGGACAAAGCUGUGGUGGCCCAAGGAGGGGACGACGCCAUGGUGGGCACCCACGGGGACGUCGCCCUGGGGGGGACGGCCCAACCCGGCGCCACCGAAGCCCCCGGAGAUGCCACCACCGUGGUGGGACCCGUCGCCACGUCCCAAGGAGGGGACGACGUCACGGCGGCCACCCGUGGGGACGUCGCCAUGGAGGCCACGGCCCCGCCCGCCCCCUCCCCUGCCCCCCGCCCAGGUCAUGGCCUCGCCUUAAUAAAACCCAACGUGAUUCGCUGCCUCCGCGUGUGUGGUCUCGAGUUUUUGGGGGGGGGGGGGGGCCAUGAUGCCUCGGACCCCUCCCCCACUCCCCCCAAAAUUUAG